AUGGAACAUCCCGAGUUUGAAAACGCCGGACAGCAAGCUGGGAUGGAGAUUUGGGUUAUUAAUAAAUUUGAACCAGUGCCUGUCGACAGAAGUCUUUACGGAAAAUUUUACAACGGAGAUUCUUACAUAGUAUUAAAGACAACAGGCGAUGAUAGUUCCACUCUGAAAUACGACAUACACUUCUGGUUGGGCAUCAAGACCACUCAAGAUGAGAAAGGUGCUGCUGCUAUCUUAACUGUGACACUCGAUGACCAGCUCGGUGGAAAGGCAGUUCAGCAUCGAGAAGUCCAAGGACACGAGUCCAGUUUAUUCUUGGGAUACUUUUUACCGGCCAUAAGAUACUUGGAAGGAGGCAAUGAAUCGGGUUUUAAUGAAGUUGAAACAAAUGCUGGCGCUGAGAAGAGACUUCUCAAGCUUUCUGGGUGUGAUAAUAUGAGAAUUGAAGAGGUACCUGCGGACUCCUCAUCGUUGUCAAGGGACAACUGUUUCAUUCUAGAAGUAGAACACGAUAUCUUCGUGCUGGUGCCAGAAGGCGCUAAAGCUACACUAAAGAGGAAAAUUAUCAGUGUCGCGAACAAUUUACGAGACGACAACCACAACGGCAGAGCUACUAUUGAGAUUAUUGAUGAAUUCUCGUCUGCCAGCGACAUCGCUAUGUUCUUUGACGCCCUGGGCUCAGGUUCUAUGGACGAUCUAGUCGAGGAAAAAGGCGUUCAGCCGAUCGCACGCCUCAGCCCAAAUGCCCUGUACUUGUACAAAGUACUUAUUGGCGAUGUGCACGAGUUUGAGGAAAUAAGCAAACCGUUUAAACAGGGUAAAUUAACAACGGAGGAUAUAUUUAUACUAGACACGCCCUAUUCAGGAGUAUACAUAUGGCUUGGUAGCAAUGUGGACUUCGAUGUGAAGAAGAAUUACUACGAAAUCGUUCAACAGUAUUUAGAUUCAAAGGGAUAUCCUAACUGGAUGCAUGUAACGCGGGUAACAGAAGGCGCUGAGAGUAGCACGUUCAAACAAUAUUUCCACAACUGGGAUACAUAUGAAUCUAUAAAGUUUACGUCUGCCGAUAUUGGAUACUUUUCUGAUGAAGCUAACGAUGGUGAAGAUCUCGCCAAGAUAAUUGGUAAAAGUGCAGCUGCGAGAGGAUACAUGCCCGACCAUGGAUCUGGAGCUUUUACUGUUUUCAGAGCCGCAGCAGAACCAGAAGAUGUAACCGAGAGCCAAGCCGAUGCUCCAAAAUUUUACGAAAGUGAAGUAUACGCUGUCAAUUAUCAGUACAAAGAUGAGAAUGACGAGGAUGCCAACGUUGUUUAUCUGUGGAUUGGCAAAGAAGCUGACGACAGUGCGAAGAUGGCUGGUGUGGAAGUCAUAAGUAAAAUUGAAGAGGAGUUGGACGGAAAUGUCGCAAUGGUGAAGAUACCGCAGGGAAAGGAAAUAAGGCAUUUCUUGAACAUAUUCAACGGUAAACUAAUGAUUUUGUGCGGAAGCAAGGAAAAUGAUUAUAAGCCUGAGAACUUCAAAAAAUCAUACGAUGAAGAUGGUGUUCGGCUAUUCAAAGUGGAAGGUACAAAACUAGGUGAAGACAUGCGAGCAAUUCAAGUCGAAGAGUCCUCAAGUUCACUGGCUUAUGAUGAUGUCUUCAUAUUAGAAACAUCUGAUAAAGUUUACUUAUGGAUUGGAAAGGAAUCGCUGAAGCAAGAACGUGAAGCCGCGAAAAAUUUCGUCGGUCUCCUGAUUGGUGACGAGAAAGAAAUAGAGGAAGUCGAACAAGGAGAGGAGCCUGAAGAAUUCUGGAAUAUAUUAGGAGGUGUACCAGAAGAAGACGAAAAUAAAACCCACUGGAGGACAAACGUCAACCGUCGUGUGACAACGCCACCGACACUAACCGCCGCUACUGUAACAGUCGCCGGCAGAAUCAAAUUUGAAGAGCUACCACCCAAGUUUACACAAGAAGACCUAUCUGAUGAUGGAGCCUAUAUAUUGGACAACGGUGAAGAGCUCUACCUGUGGCUGGGACAAAAUAUCCCGGAGCGCGUCAAAGAAGCCAGGCUUAAGAUUAUUUCUCAAUACAUCGAGGAUGACGACCUGGAGCGAACUGUGGACACGGCUAUAGUAGUUACAUUGAAGCAAGGAAUUGAACCUGCAAUAUUCAAGAAAAUGUUCCCAACCUGGGAUAAUGACUUAUGGCAGAAUAUGUCAUCGUACGAAGAUAUGAAGAAUGAAACUAAAUCACAUAAUACGAAAUAAAAUUUCGAGUGUACAUCCAUCUAUUUCUCUCAUAUAUAUACGAUUAUAUAUUACAUGGAUAAAGAGCCAGAGGAAAAUGGGGUUAAGUAUUUUUUUU